CUUCAAAAGUCCUAUACCUUAAUUCUACACAGAUAAAAGCUAACCAAUUUCAUCCAAUAUAUAUAUAUGAAAAUGUUGAAGGGAAUUCAUAAAGUGGAAAAAAAUUGUGUAUAUAACAAAUGGCAAAGUCCAUGGUAUUGCUUCUGAUCAUGGCUUUAUCUUAUUUUACAUCUAUAGCAAAUUCACAGGUGAAGAACAUCUUCUUACUAGCUGGACAGAGCAACAUGUCCGGCCUAGGAGGUGUUGUGAAGAACAUAUGGGAUGGUAUCGUUCCGCCGGAGUGUAGCCCUAAUCCGGCCAUCCUUAAACUUGAUGCCAAUCUUCAAUGGGUGAAGGCAACUGAACCUUUACAUGCAGAUAUUGACGUGAAUGUUACUUGUGGGAUUGGUCCAGGUAUGCCCUUUGCAAAUUCUUUGUUGAACAAAACUUCAUGUUUUGGGAUAGUAGGGCUGGUACCAUGCGCGAUGGCGGGGAACAAAAUAAGUGAAUGGCAAAAGGGGACUUUCCUUUACAAUCAGCUGGUGAUGAGAGCCAAGGCUUCUACAAUGCAAGAAUAUGGGAUAAUUAGAGGUAUGCUAUGGUAUCAAGGGGAGAGUGACACAAUGAGCCAGAGUGAUGCAAAUUCUUAUAAAGAAAAAAUGCAACAAUUUUUCACUGACUUGAGAAAUGAUGUUGGAAUACCAGAGCUUUUGAUUAUCCAGGUGGCUCUAGCUUCAGGAGGAAAACAUUACACAGAAAUAAUAAGAGAAGCACAGUUAAAUCCUGGCAUUGCUAAUGUAGUAACUGUUGAUGCCAAGGGCUUGCAGUUGCAAAAAGACAAUUUACACCUUACUGCUUCUUCACAAGUUCUUCUAGGACAAAUGAUGGUUGAUGCUUUUCUUGAGACAAUCUUAACCACAACCUCAUCUAUUAAUUGUUAAUAGUGAAACAAUAAUAUUUCAAUUUAAGUGCUAUCUAGGUCAUAUCAUCAUGUUUAUCUUUAGAUUUAUAUAUGUAUUAGUUUCUAAAUACGUGUCAAUUAGACUUCUAGAUACAUAUGAUAUCAAAUUAUAUGUGAAAAUUGUUAGAACCGAAAUAAGCAGGUGUAAUGCGGAAGCUAGCAAAAUAAAUCUCGAAAAAUCAUAAGUAAGAAGACAAACGAGAAUAAUACCAAAAGACACAGAGAUUUAAUGUGGUUCAGUCAAUCGACCUACAUCCGCAAAGGAGAUGAACAAUGCACUAUAAAUGU